CCUAAGAUGUUUGGUACAAACGGAUAACAUCUUCGAGUCACUGCAGGGCGCCGUCGCUACUGCAUGUCUUGUUUACGGUGAGGUCAGUUCGCUACGCUGCGGUCCAGCUUAUCAUUUCAGAAUAAAGUCCCAUCUCAGAGUUUAGCAAAAGAAGGCCAGACAAGGAGAGGGAAAAAGAGAGCGAGAGAGCAAGGGGAUGUUGACUUAUCCCUCUGACUCACUCACUCAGAUAGUUUGUCCAAUGGAUGAAGAUGCUAUCCCCCCAAACCCUUUCUGUAGUGCACCUCCCCACAGUGAACCUGCACCACCUUUCCUCUCCCUUUCCUCCAUCACUCCCAGCCGUCCACAUGAUGGAAUAUCUGGCCACAGAAGGAGUGGUCGCAUUCAAGGCAUCCGAGCUCAGACUCCUAAAAAACAAAGUAACACAGACAGUCAAGCGGCUCAGAGACCGAUUAAACAGAAUCCGUCCCCCACAAAGAGACAAAGAGAGAGUGGGAUUAUGGUGCAAGUGGCACAAUCUAAGCAGUCGAGAGUGGAAGGAACAGAUGCACACGACAGCCAAAACAAGGAUGGAUUUGAUUUUGGCUUUACAGCAGAAUGGCAAAAUAGGCAAAAGGACCAAAAACUCCCAGAGCAGAAAUUAAAUCUGUCUCCAGGAGAAAAUGUUGUUAAACUGUUGGAUGAAAAUGUCCCAGAGAGUCUUGAUGCCGCCAAAUCUGACAUGGAUACAUGCGGGGAUGUGGCUGCUGGACACACUGUUGAAAAUGCAUAUUCCCCAAAGGGAUGGGUGAUCGGCCCAUUGUUUCAGUCGUUCAAGUCAAAGAUGGCCAGUUUCACAGAGAUAGUCAUGAGUCCUGUUAAACUUUUCCGAGCCAGCAGUCCUCCACCGUCAGUGGACCAUUCUGACAGACUCGAUGAGCUAAAGGCUGAUGGAACAGCUGAUGUUGAGCGUUCAGAGCCAAGCAGUACGCUUCAUCCUGAAGGACAAAGUGAAAAUGAGAAUCAGCACUGCAGAGCUGAUCAAAACGAGCUCACUAAUGUAGGAGAUGCACAAAACACACAAACUGUUUCUCCUAAAUAUUCUAAAACAUUAAAUUUUGAUGAGGAUUCAACAAUAGGUUCAGAAAUCGUUGAUGAAUUUGCAGUACACCAGAAGGAAAAAACCUCACCUGCCUCAGUGCCUUUGCCACACUGCCCCUCACAACUUGAUGUUUCAGAGUCUGUUGGCUCCUCUGUCGUUUUACGGUCCUCUGCAAGUGUAAGUGCCUCUUGUGAAUCCAGGUCAAAGAUGUGCAUUGUUUUGGUGGACCAGAAAUUCAAGACUUCUGUUCGUCUAAAACCACUUUCCAGAAAACGUGCAGGAAAUAGAUCUGGCUUGAAGAGGGUUGACUUCAAGGAAGAGUCUGACCCAGAGGUCAGUAAGAAGCAGCUUUCUUACCAGAGCCUGGACUCAGGUGACACUGAAAAAAUGCUGUCUUCAUCUUUCUCAGUUUCUUACCCUCAGCCUGGCAUGGACUGUUUUCAGCCCGAUGGUGAUGAAAAGAAGGAGACUGAAGAAAGCUGCCGCUUGGUUCAAGAAAACCUCCAAAAGAGUCUCGAUGACAGUGUUAAUAAAAGGACUCUGAGGUCCACUUUAGAUCUGCAACAACAGGAGUGGCGGCUAAAUCAGGACAAGUGUUCAGUUUCUGGUUUUGUGAGAGAAAAGAGAGGGUUGAAACUGAACUGUCAUUCCCAAGACUCUGUAAAAAGAAAAAGACUGACACCAGAUACACAUACAAAAGUUACACAAAAGCAAGAGUUAUCAAACACAGCUUCAGGGAGAGAAGAAAUCGAGUUAAUAAAUGAAGAAGCACCGAAGCUUGGAAGACAGAGACAGUCUGUUUUUGUGUCAACAAGAACGACUAGGAAAGGAAAAUCUGGUCAAGAAAUGCUUGGUACAAUCAAUGAAGCUGUGUUGCACUCGCAAACUGAAAGUUCCCCUGAUGCUAUGUUGGUUUGUUCACUGGAUAAAAGCACUGGUGUGGCAGAAGACAACCACAUGAGCUGCCAAAUCAAAGCAAGCUCUACUACUUCAUGCAAAAGGCAGAACAGAAUAGUUAUUAGUAAUUCUGAUGUAAAUAUUGAUGCCAGUAUGGAUCUUGAAACUACUGUAGCAAUCACUUCUACAAACCAAGAUGAGCCGUCGUCCAAAGCGCUUGUCCGUCCUUGUAUAAAGCAGCUCCAGAAUACAAGUAAGUGCAGGAAUAUUAACAAGAAGCCACAGAAACGGAAAUCGGCAAAUCAGAUAAGUUCAGUGACAGAAUCAGACAGCCCUUUGGUGUCUACCUCAUCGGUACUGUCAGUGGGCCUAAUGGAAUUUGUGCCUAAGGAUUUUAAUACCUCUCAACAUGCUGAAAAAGGAAAGGACUUGAUAAGAGGGCUGAGCCAGCUGUCUAAGAGACCCAAAAAGGGUCUUAGAGGUGCUACUCAAUCAUGUGUAUCAAGUAGGACUCUAGAGACACAGCAAUGUGUCGUCAACCUUCAAGAGAGUCAGUCUAAAGAAAGUAAAAGUAAAAACUCAACGGAGACUGUAUAUUUUGAAAUGACUCCCUUUGAAAGUAAUUUCCAACCCCUUCCUUCACCUUCACAACUUCAUGUGGACUCUCCUCUAAACAAUGAUAUUGAUAAUAGGCACGCUCAGAAGAAUCUAAAGAGUUCAGCUUCUGUGGCAGAAGAAAUAUUUCACACGGACUCUGAAGUUUUUAAUGAUGAGGGUGUCAGUCUCUCUAAGCUAAGGUCUAGCACAAGAAGAGCUAACAUAAAGCCCAGGCAAGCAGAUAACCAAAGGAGAAAAUGCCGAGUUCUGCACAGUAGGACACGCAAAAGUGAAGAGGUGACAAACUCUGUCACAAUGGAUGAUGUAAAUCUAGCAACGUCAGGUGCACGCUCAUCAGAAAACUGCUUCUCACACCGCCUGUUACGCAGCUACUCUUGCCCAGAAAUCCUCUGCCUCCAUCCCCAUGACACAACUUGGACCUCACCACAUCCCAGCAGGGCUCUCACAUCGCACCAGUCCUCCCACAGUCCUUUUGUCUCUCAGGCGCAGAAAUCCCUGCGGCGGGCUCGGCGACACACAGUCUGCAGCGUGGAGGUGGAGAGGGAGAUCGCCCCCCUGUGUCUUCGUAAAGAGGUUUACCCAUCUAGAAGAUCUACCCUGUACGACCCUGUCACUCAUCACCUGUCUCCUAGUAUUGCACUUUCCCCCAGCACCUCCAUCUCUGCUCUUGCUUCCUGCUUCCUUUCGAGCCCCCUGGCUUUCCUUUCUAAGAGGUUUGACAGCAAAGGAGUUGCUGGCAGUCUCAGCACUUGUAGCCAUGUUUCUGCUCCCUCCUCCGCUUCAUCUCUUACAUCCCCAUUAAGCUCCUCCACAUGGCACCAUUCAAGAGCAGAUUCCUCUGGUGCUGCCAUGGAUUCUAGCAGCAGUGGGAAUCCAUUGGAGUGUGAGACUGAGAGGAGACAACAGAGUGAGGAGGAGGAUGAUGGCGAGGAGACAAGUUCUUCCAGUCAGGAGUUUGAAGAUGGUGGGCUAAGAGAGGAAAAGGCUCACUCUGAUUCUGAAAUUAAGAUGGUGCAAAAGCAUGAGGAACGAAGAAAGGUGUCUUCUAUCAGAAUUCGGAAAACUUUACCCAAGCCUCAAAAUAACCUCACACCCAUGGGGCUGCCCAAACCCAUCAGGCUGAAAAAGAAGGAGUUCAGUUUGGAAGAAAUUUACACCAACAAGAAUUUCAACAAACCCCCUGAAAGCCGGUUGGAAACCAUAUUCGAGGAGGUGCCUCUCAAUCGCAGGAAUGGCUCUGAGUCCUGGUUUGGUCAGAGGCGUGUGAAACGAUUUUUAGAGUUCCUGGAGGUCGGCGAGGUCAGAAAACCAAAGAAGCCACUUGUCGGAGUGAGUAAAGCAGGUAUUUCCACUUCCAGGACCCGACGAGGGGGCUUCCUUAAAGACGAACCGUCCCUCAGCGUGCAGGAUGUGGACUCGCUGCUCUGUGCGAAGCUGGAUCAGCUCAAUUUGUGGCUGAUUCAUGAUCAGAAAGACAGCUGACCGAUGCCUCUCAGGUGACUGUUUUGGCAGCCAUUAAAAACCAGAUAAUACUGUCUAUAUAAAUAUUUCAACAUGAA